AUUAAACAUAAUUUCCAAACAAAAAACAUAAAUGACCAUGAACCAAAAAAAAAAAAACCUAUGGUUGCAUCCGGGUUAGGGGGGCAGGAUCCCCUGCAACAACCCCACAACAUGAAAUGAUUGCACCCAUAAAAAGUCCACCCUUGAAACUCCAAAGUCUUCGUCAGUUACAAACUUUCAUACCCCAUUUUUUCACCUAGUAAAAAACACACACACUAGCUUUUUUUUUCUGGUCAACUCCGAACCAGAAAACAGUUACUCUCAGGCAAAAAAUAAGUGCCGACUUUUUUUUUUAUAACUACAAGUAUUUCAUCAGUGGCGCAGUGGGGUUACAAAAUGCAAGAUCCAAAGGAUUCUUCGAUGAAUCAAAUGCCGCCGUUUUCUGCCGCAGCAAUGCGGCCUUCCAACCACCGGAGGGCCCACUCCGAGAUGAAUUUCCGGCUGCCGGAGGAUUUGGAUCUGGCGUCAGAUCCAUUCGACGCCGCCGCCGCCGCCGGGGGUUUCGAUGAGAUGGGAUCCGAGGACGACUUCUUCUCCACUUACAUGGACAUGGAGAAGCUCAGCGCCGGCGCCGGCGCCCCCGGCGGAUCUGGAAUCGGCGACUCUGUUUUCGACAAUAGCGGCGGAGCCGCGGAGGAGGAUGGGGAGAGGAGCGGCGGCGGCGGCGGCGGUGGUUCUAGGCCGAGGCAUAGGCAUAGCAAUUCGGUGGAUAGUUCGAAUUUGUUUUCGACUGAUAGCAGUAUUGAAGCUAAGAAAGCUAUGGCGCCCGAAAAACUCGCUGAGCUAUGGAGUCUCGAUCCUAAACGCGCCAAAAGGAUUUUGGCGAAUCGACAAUCGGCCGCUCGAUCGAAAGAGAGAAAAGCUCGGUACAUGUCGGAACUCGAGAGAAAAGUUCAAACCCUUCAAACUGAAGCAACAACUCUCUCUGCACAAUUGACAUUAUUCCAGAGAGAUACAACAGGGCUGAGUAGCGAGAAUACGGAGCUUAAGAUUCGUUUGCAAGCCAUGGAACAGCAAGCUCAGUUACGCGACGCGCUUAACGAAGCACUGAAGCAGGAAGUAGAAAGACUCAGAAUGGCAACCGGAGAAGUAUCUGCAGCUAAUUCCGACACGUUCAAUUUAGCAAUGCAGCAUAUUUCUUACAACCAGUCCGGUUUCUUCUCCUCCAAUCAGCAUCAAGCUCGCCCGAACAACAACAACUCCUCCCACGCAGUGCAGAUGCCGCAGUUUCACGCAUUUCAAGCUGGCUUUUCGAAUCACCAGCAUAAUAAUAUGCAGGAACUUUCUGGAUCAAUGCACCACGAUCCUCUAAGACAUUUUCAAGGCCUCGAUAUUAGCAGCAGAGAAUCUAAUCUCGUUAAAUCCGAAAACCCUUCCGUUUCCGCCACUGAAAGCAGUAGUACAUUCUGAAUUCUCGUUUUUUUUUUCUCGUCUGGAAAAACCUAUUUGUUUAUUGAGCUAAUUGCAAAUACCUCCCCUGUGUAAUCUC